AUGCAGCAGCUUGGGCUGCUACAAGGCCAAGGCAAGACCGCUGGCGCUUCAAUCUCAAACCUUUCGACUCGCUUAAAAUUAGAUGAAGAGUCAUCAAACUGCUGGGACUCUUUGUUGCAACUACAAGCAUGUACUGGGGAGAUUGUUCUUUUCUUCCUUAACGGCGAGACUCAACUUGGUCAUAGCUGUUGCCAAGCUUUGAGCACCAUUGGUGAACAUUGCUGGCCUAACAUGAUUGAUACACUAGGAUUUACCACUGAAGAGAGCCAAAUUCUUGAAGGCUACUGUGAUAAAGCUGCCGAUCCCACUACUCCAUCACCGUCAGCACCAUCUGUGGUGCCUGUUGAGAUUGUUCCAAAGCAAACUUUGGUUCCUUGA